AUGGACGGAGGCGCUACCACCGUUUUGCGCAUAGCUCGACCAGCCCUUUACUUGUCAGUCAAAGAGAGCUACGAAAGCCCAAGACUGCCGUCAUUCUCUCCCGUCCCUUACAAGAGCCGCCUCCGGCCGAUGACCGCCCGUCUCGCCGCCUUCUGCCCUCUGCGCCUCAGAAUCGCCCCGCGGCCUGCACGCUACUACACCAGCGCGCGCGCGCACACAGGAUCUAGCAUGGCGGGCUCCCAGGAGCACGACAUCGAGGCGGAGAUCGAGCGGAUCAAGAACCUGCCGGAAGAGGAGAAGCGGAAGCUGGACGAGCGCGCGCGCAACGGGGAGACCGUGGUGCCCGGGGGGACGGGCGGGAAGUCGCUCGAGGCGCAGCUGCACCUCGCGGAAGGCCGCCACAAGGGCGGCCUGCACCGCCGCCACGACUACACGGGAGAGGAGCAGAAGCAGGAGCACGGGACGCUGAACGCGCAGGAGCGCGAGCGCGAGCGCGGGCACGCGCGCGACGUCGAGGCGGAGAUCGAGCGCAUCAAGAACCUGCCCGAGGAGGAGAAGCGCAAGCUGGACGAGCGCGCGCGCGCUGGAGAGACGGUGGUGCCCGGGGGGACGGGCGGGAAGUCGCUCGAGGCGCAGAUCCACCUUGCAGAAGGGAAAGAGGAACGAGUUCGAAUGGUGAUGUCCGUGCUCUCCUCAAGUUACGUUGCUCUCGCAGACUAG